UCUCGGCAUCCCUUUCACACGGUUAAAAUGGUCGCCGCCGAGGAAACGCAGCCCCUGCUCGCCGACGCGUCGGAGGCGUCGAUCCCCCGUCGCUUAAAGUCAAAGAGACUCAUGAUUUUGAUCAUGACCGCUAUCUUCGCGUUGGGCGUAGAUCUCGGUAAUGAUAUGAGCCUCGCCCCGCAGACUGCGAUCUUUGAGCGGAUCAUCUGUCGCAAUUAUGGGCUUCUGUCGACGGGUAAUCAACCGGUUAACGGCAGCGAUCCAUGCAAAUCAGAGGCCGUCCAGGCCGAACUGGCGCUGGUACUCGGGUAUAAGGAUAUGUUUGAAGCACUUCCGAGUAUUCUAUUGUCCUUGCCAUACGGAGUGUUGUCGGAUCAUUGGGGGCGCAAACCCGUCAUCUACUUGGGUAUUGUGGGGAUGCUGCUGGGGGAAUUAUGGGUCCGUCUAGUGGCAUUUUGGCCGAAUGUGCUACCCCUUCGGCUAGUCUGGUUGACCGGACUGUUCAGGGUUAUUGGGGGUGGAGAUCAGGUCGUCGUCGCGAUUGCAUUGGUCAUGGUCGCAGACGUCUUUUCUGAAGAAGAACGUACCACGGCGCUUUUUCUUCUUCAAUCCUGUGUCAUCCUCGCCGAAAUCCUGGGCACCCCCAUCAGCGCCUGGCUGAUGCAAUACAACGACUGGCUUCCUUAUAUCCUGGGCACACUCAUUCUCAUUUUAGGGAGUGCCCCCAUCUUAUUUCUCCCAGAGACUCUGGAAGAAGCCAAAGCAAACAAGGCAAGAUACCGUCGCGAAGCAAAUUCAGAUGCCGCGGAAUCCUCCUCCUCCUCCUCCUCCUCCUCCAAUGAACCGAUUGAGCCAGCUGGCAAACGACCAGUGCUGCAAGAAUUCAUCCACCAGGCCCGCGAAUUCAAGGACUCCACCCAGUUCAUCUGGCGGAAUUAUAGUGUCUGUGUGAUGAUUCUUUGCCUGUUGGUCUCGGUUAUCAGUCGACAGUCCUCCGGGGUGCUCCUUCAGUAUGCGUCGAAGAAAUUCAAUUGGAGCAUUGCGAGGACCAGCCUGUUAAUUUCACUACGUGGCGUACUCAAUCUCACCAAUUACCUCGUCAUCAUGCCAGCAUUGUCCUAUGCUGCUGCCAAGUAUCUCAACCUGCAUGGCAAACAUCGCGAUCACCGUCUGAGCCAGGGGAGCGGACUGAUCUCAAUCAUUGGCUUCCUUGCCAUGGGACUUGCACCUGUUCCAACCUUGCUAAUCUGCGGAUUGGUGAUUCUCUCCCUGGGUUCUGCGUUCCUCAUCACUGCGCGCAGUCUGGCGACCAGUUUAGUGCCUCCAGAUCACGUCGGCACUCUUUACUCGGCUAUUGCGAUCUCCCAGUCCCUCGGGAUCCUAGUCGCAGGUCCAUUAUUUGCCUACCUCUUCCGGAUUGGCUUACACCUCGGCGGUGCUUGGCUGGGACUUCCCUUCUUGCAAGCCGGUCUGCUUUAUGUGAUUGCUACGGUCGCCAUAUGGUGCAUUCGAGUCCCUCGAGCAGCGCAAGACGAAAACGAAGAAGCAGAGCCAUUAUUAUCAGAAUAG